CUCUCAUUAAUAAUCAUAAACAACAAUGGCUGAAGCAAUUGCUGGUGACAUCCUCAAGAUGGUUAUCCAGAAGCUGGCCACUGAAGCUAAGAACAGAUAUGUUCGCUCUCAGCGAAUUCAUUCUGAUCUCAAAAACAUGGAAAGGUCAUUGACCCAGAUCACAAAUGUGCUGAAUGAUGCCUCUGAAAAAGAAAUAACUGAUGCAGCAGUUAAACAGUGGCUGAAUGAUCUUGAAAAUCUAGCUUACGAUAUAGAUGACAUACUUGAUGGUCUGGCAACGGAAGCCAUGGACCAUGAGUUGACCCAACAACCUGCAGCCAUCACUAGUAAGGUAAGAAAGCUCAUCCCGACUUGUUGCAGAAAUCUAGCGCUUAGUAAUAGGAUGCAUUACAAGUUGGAUAGUAUUACCAAUAGGUUGUAUGAUCUUGAAAAAGAAAAAAAUAGGCUUGGUUUGAUUGUGAAAGAUGGAAGAUCAAAAAAUAAUAUAAAUAGAAAGUUUCAGACCUCUUUGGUAGAUGUAUCUAGUAUAGUUGGACGAGAAAAGGAGAAAAAUGAAUUAGUCGAUAAGUUAUUAGCGGAGGAACGAUGUGAGCAGAACUUUAGCAUUAUUCCUAUAGUUGGUAUGGGUGGGGUAGGUAAAACUACUCUAGCUAGACUUUUGUAUGACGAAAAGCAAGUCAAUGAUCGUUUUCAACUCAAGGCGUGGGUUUGUGUUUCAGACGAGUUUGAUAGCUUCGCCAUAAGUAAAGUUAUCUUUCAAUCUGUCACUGGUGAAAACAAAAGUUUUGCAGAUUUAAACCUCCUUCAAGUAGCUCUUAGAGAUUGUCUCAGGGAUAAAACAUUUCUGCUAGUUUUAGAUGACGUAUGGAGUGAAAGUUGUGAAGAUUGGGAAGCCCUGGUCGGUCCGUUUCAUUCAUGUGCUCACGGAAGUAAGAUCAUCAUGACAACACGAAAGGAGCAAUUGCUCAAACAGUUGGGUUACAAUCAUUUAAACCAGCUACAGAGUUUUUCGAAUGAUUACGCUAUGACAUUAUUUGCUCAACAUGCAUUGGGUGUAAAUAAUUUUGAUUUACAUCCAACGCUCAGACCACAUGGUGAAGGCAUUGUGAAAAAAUGCAAUGGCUUGCCUUUGGCUUUAAAAGCACUUGGUAGGCUUUUGAGGAGAAAACAAGAUGACGAAGAGUACUGGAAGGAAGUUUUAAAUAGUGAGAUAUGGAGCUUAAAAAAUGGAGGUGGAAUUGUUCCGGCUCUCAAAUUAAGCUACAAUGAUCUUUCUGCACGUUUAAAGCGGUUGUUUGCAUAUUGUUCCUCGUUUCCCAAAGACUAUAUGUUUGAAAGGGAAGAUUUGGUUUUGUUGUGGAUGGCAGAAGGGCUUUUGCGCCAAUCACCUCCUACCAAUUCGACAGAAGAACGCUUGGGUCAUGAAUGUUUUGAAGAGUUGUUGUCAAGGUCGUUUUUCCAACAGGCGCCUAAUGAGUCAUUUUUUGUAAUGCAUGAUCUGAUAAAUGACUUGGCCACAUUUGUUGCCGGAGACUUCUUUUUAAGGUUAGACAAUGUACCGGUGAAAGAUACAAGGAAAGAAGUGUUGGCAAAGUACCGUCAUAUGUCAUUUGUCCGUAAAAGACAUGUAACUUACAAGAAGUUUGAAGCACUCAGCAAAGCUAAAGGUUUGAGAACAUUCAUGGCAACAUCUCCUGGGUUAGUACAAACGUUGGCAAGUUGGGAACUUUUGUACUUUUCAAAUAAGAUUCUUGUUGACGUACUUCCUGAAUUACCAUUGUUAAGGGUUCUAUGCUUGAGUAAUUUUGAGAUAAGUGAAGUGCCUGAGUCGAUCGGUAGUCUAAGGCACUUGCGGUAUCUUAAUCUAUCUCGAACUAAGAUCACACAUCUACCAGAAAGCGUAUGCAAUCUCUACAAUUUACAAGUAUUGAUUGUUUUUGGCUGUUACCGUCUAGCUAAGUUGCCCAACAACUUUUCAAAAUUGAAAAAUUUGAGGCAUCUUGACAUUGGAAACACCCCGCGUUUGAAUAAGUUACCAUCAGGGAUUGGUGACUUAAAUAACUUACAAACUCUUUCCAAGAUCAUUAUUAAAGGUGUAAAUGGAUUUGAAAUAACCGAGCUUAAAGAAUUAAAGAAUCUAUGUGGGAAAAUUUCUAUUAAGGGUGAGUUAGAAGUUGAAUGGAGUAAUGUGUCCGGUGUUUCUCGAAAUGAAAUGGUUGAAAAGGAGGUCUUAAACGAGCUCAAGCCUUGUAAUACAAGCUUAAAACAACUCAAAGUGGUGUCUUAUGGGGGAAUAGAGCUUCCAAAUUGGGUUGGAGAUUCGUCAUUUCUUCAGUUGAAACAUGUGUCAAUACAUGGCUGUAAAAGAUGUUUAUCUCUACCAUCACUGGGGCAGUUACCGUCACUCAAAGAGUUGUCUAUAAAUGGCAUGCAUGAAGUGAAAGUUGUGGGUUUGGAGUUACUCGGGUCAGGUGGUACAUUUCCUUUACUUGAAAUUCUAAAAUUUGAUGAUAUGCGAAGGUGGGAGGUGUGGUCAACUAAUAGUAGGGUUGUGUUUCCAUGCCUUGAAGAGCUUCAUAUCACAUCUUGUCCUAAAUUGGCUGAAGUGUCACUUGAAGCACUACCGUCAUUGAGGGUAUUAGAUGUAUUUCGAUGUGGUGAUGUUGUGUUGAGAAGUCUUGUUGAAGUAGCUCCAAAAGUCAUCCGGUUGAAUGUAAGUUAUAUUUCAGGGCUUACGGAUGAUGUGUGGAGAGGUGUUACAAAAUAUAUUGGUGCUGUUGAAAAUUUAUUUUUUCGUAAGUGCGAUGAGAUAAAAUACUUGUGGGAAUCAGAAGCAGAGGCAAGUAAGGUUCUUGUGAAUCUAAGGAAGUUAUAUGUAGAAUCUUGUGAUAAUUUGGUGAGUUUAGGAAAGAAAGUAGAGGAGGGUCUCUCCGGGAGUAGCCUCCACCUAACAUCACUUUGCAUACAAUUUUGUAAGAACAUGGAGCAUUGCACUGUUCCAUAUAGCAUUGAGUACUUGUCAAUAGAUACGUGUAAUUCGCUUAGAGAUAUCUUCUUUCCAUCGGGAGGGCACAAGCUCAAGACAGUUCGUAUUCUGAGAUGCGAGAAACUAACGAAAAAAGAGUUGGGAGGAUAUGAAGGAGGAGACAAGAGUAUGAUGAUUUUAAACAACAAUUCCCUGCCAAUUCUUGAAAGCUUAUGUAUAUCUGGUUUGCCAAAUCUGAAAUUUAUCAUUAAGUUGAAUUGCUUCCUUCACCUCACGAGGUUGAUAAUAAGUUAUUGUUCAAGUGUGGAGUCGUUUCCUGACCACCAGUUGUUGCAUCUGCCCUCCUUACAAGAGCUGAAAAUUUCAAAUUGUCCAAAAUUGGAUGCAUCCUUUCCUCGUGGGCUUUGGCCUCCCAAUUUGUCUUUCCUUCAAAUUGGGGAGUUGAAGAAGCCCAUGUCACAAUGGGGCCCACAGAAUUUUCCCCCGUCACUUGUAGAACUAAGCUUAGACGGGGGAUCGUCGACGGAUGAUAAUGAGGAUGUGAUUGAUCUUAGUCAACUGUCCCCCCAUCUUCUUCUUCCUUCAUCUCUUACUCGGCUGGAGAUAAAUGAUUUUGAUAAUUUGGAAUCAGUUUCAAACGGACUCCAACAUCUGACCUCCCUCCAAUAUCUUCAAUUUUGGAAUUGCCCAAAGAUGAAACACCUGCCAGAGAUGUUGUUGCCUUCACUUUUGGAAUUGACCAUUUAUUACUGCCCAGAUCUGGAAGAAAGAUGCAGCAGAGAUGGCUCCUACUGGCCCCUCAUUUCCCAUAUCCCCCGCAUCGAAGUUAAAUAAGAAGUAUGAAGUUGAUUAAGAAGUGAUAUUGUAAUAUGAUUAGUGUUUAAUAAUGCAACCAAAUUCAGAAUCUUGAGCUUUGAGAGGUGGAAGGAAAUAAGCAGAGAAUCUCUCACCAUAUUUAUCGGAAGUGGUGAUCGAUCCCAGUUUAGAAACCCCUCUGUAUGGAACUGAUAGCACAUGUCAAUCUGAUAUUCAACUUCACAGUCAAAAAGCAUGAACCAUAUGCAGUUUUUGGCAAGCGUUUCUAGUUGCUGCAGUCGAGGAGCUGUGAUCAUAGUUCCAAAUGGUGUACAUCCAGAAAAUAUAAUGUCAUCGAACAUAGUGUACGUUUUCCCCAGGUUCACAAUCCUUGCUCAUGGAGUUUUAUGACAGAUGAAAGAUCCAAUGUCUCAAUUAGUAACGUUCGUCAUAUUAGUAUGCAGUCAAUCAAAUUUUGACUAUUCUACCAUAAUACUUAUGUGUUCGGUUAUUUGUGAAAUAAACUGCAUGUUUUCUAAUAUUGUGUUUACCGGCAUUUUGAGUUAGUUGAAGUAGUGGCUUUGGGUUAGGGAUGUUUUCUUAUAUUUAGGAGUUUAGUUGUUGUUCUACAUCUAUAAACAGAGCGCUUCAGUUUGUAGUAUAUGGUGUCCAAUUUUCAAUAAAAUAAAACCUUCCACUUUA